AUGUAUUCAAAUCCUGGUUCACGAUCAAAUUCCGUAACGAAAUUAUUUCGUCGUCGUUCAACAACAGCAACAUCAUCAGGAGUUGGAGAAAGUCUCUAUGGUGAUGAUUUAGAAUGGGAUAAAUCAGAUUUUUCACGUAAUUUACCUGAAUCAGAUGCAUUAUCAACCUAUGAUGUAAAUGAAAUGGCUGAAAUUUUACGUAAUCGUUUUCUUGAAUUUGAUAUGUCAUCACAAAUAGGUGGUAGUGGACGUAAUAAUACUCUAUCACGACAAUCAUCACUUAUAAGUGAUAUAUUAACUCCAAUGGCAAAUUAUGAUUUUACAAUAGAAGAAUUUCUUAAAAAUAAUUUUGUAUCACCUAAAAUAGCAUUUGAUGUUGAAUCAUUAUAUGAAAAUCAAAUAAUAAUAAAACGUCCAUUUCAUCGAAGUUUACCAGAUUUAAAUCUAAAAAUUCCGGAACAAACUUUACUUUUAUCAAAACAUCUAUCAUUAAUGGAUAUAACAUCGAUUGAAUGGACAUUUUUAAAACAUGCAACACCACGUGCACUUCUUUUAACAAAAGCCAAUCAUAGAACAUCCUAUAGUCAUUUACCUCAAUCAAUGGAUCUAUCACAAGAACCAUAUUUAUUUGAUACAAAAACAAGUUUAAAUUUUUCACGUUUAUCACGAUUAGCAAUGAUACGUUUAUAUAUGGCGAAAUUACGUGAAAAAGUUUGUUCAUUUGUUUUACAAACAAUACAACCAACAAAACCAACACCAAUGCCAAUUAUAACUGAAGAAACAAUUGAAACUUAUGAUAUUAUUGAAGAAUAA